UAGCAAAACCUUAUCUAUGGAUUCUAUCCCCUUCCAUUAAUGCUCUCUCUCUCAACAGAAAAGAAUGAAUAAUGGCCCUCCAACAUUCCCUUCUCAGUGUCUUCACGCAUGUAAAUCCAAAUCCCAUAACCGGAUACGCAUGACCCAAUCGUCCGGCGACCGGAAAGAGACUCCGGGACCAUCUCCAGCGCAGCAAUUCGCGCCGCUCGAGUCGGGUUUCCGGCGCCGGCUCCUCACUGGUAUUGGGUCGGCCUCUCUGGUUGCUGUUGGAGCUAAUUUCACAGGAAUUACGAGUUUUCUUUUAGGGUUCUCGCCGAAGACCGGCCGGAAUCUGAAACUGGAUGUGCUUUAUCCCAUCGGAGGGUUCAGUCGGUACGUCCAGACAAAUGAAGGAUUUGAGUUCAUAUACCCAGCAGGUUGGGUAGGAGAUCAGAUGCUACUGUACAGAGCAGCGGGGAAACUUGAGAGAUCACUUGAUCCGGUUCUAUCAAACAAUAAUGUUGCAUCAAAUCGCAGCCGGGAUGUGAAUGAGCCGGUGGUUGCAUUUGGUCCACCAGGUUCAAGCGGCGAGCUCAACGUCAGUGUCAUCGUCUCUCCUGUUCCUCUUGAUUUCUCAAUUGAAGCAUUCGGAGGACCCGAGGAAGUCGGAGAAACUGUGAUUCGGUCAAUCGCGGGGUCAGGCCGACAAUCCGACGUGAAAGGAACGCUGGUACAGUCAAGCUUAAAAGAGGAUUCAAUGCACAACGUGAAAUACUAUGAAUUGGAAUACAUAGUCGAAAGCCCCUCCUUCCGACGGCAUAACAUGGCCGUCUGCUGUGCCCGAGGAGGAAGGUUGUUCACUCUAAACGCCCAGGCACCGGAAUCAGCCUGGCCGAAAGUGAAAUCGGACUUUUACAGAAUUGCUGAUUCUUUCAAACUGGCAACUUGAACGUUUGCCACAAUUUUUGUUGUUGCAAUUAUCAAAUGAAACACC